AUACCCGUUUGUAUGUAUGUAUGUAUGAAUGUAGUCUUGUAGGAGCAAGGGGGGAUCGGGGUUCGGCAUUUAGGGGUUAGGGUUUAUCAUCAAACCUUGACAUGAUGAAGGUUCACGGUACUGCUUCCUCAUGAUCAACACAAGUGUUGCACCUUGUGUCCCCUCCCGAACGGGUCACCUUUGCAUUCUCUUGGAGCGUCAUUGUGAAGCUCGUACAAUUCUUAGGAGAUUGAAUUAUGGGGUUGUGCCAGAUGGUGUAAAACCCAAUCCUCGAAGUAGGCAGUGAAAAGGCGGACGAGUUUAAUGUCAGAGACGUUGUGUCGUUAGGGUUUCAGUUGAGCAUUGCAAUUGCCUAAGUUGGGAUUUUACGGGUGUUCGAUAUGAGGGGCCUGGUCGAUCGGCGCACUGUCGCCAUCCUAACUAGAUCUCGAGGUUCUGUUGCGUAUAUUCAGAGGUUGAGUUUCUCGGCUGGGAGAGGACGGGGACAAGGGGACGUCGACGGUGCGCAGGUUCCUGAAGCUGGAGCUGGCGGUGGCGCUGUUGUAGGCCAGGGUUUAGGUUUGGGAGAUUUUGGGUUAGGUCGAGGGCGAGGGAGAGGUAGUACGUUGCCAUCACCUGGUCACGUUGCUAGCCAGCCUCUUCCUUUUAAGCCUUUUACCCUUACUCCCGGAGUUGCAGCUGCGAAGACUGGAUCUAGCCAGCAGAAUGGUGCGUCAGAACCAGGAAGCAAGGUUUCGGCAGAUGGGCGUUUUGACGAUGCUGUUGCAGAGAAAGAUGUUCACGAUGCCCGAGGUAAGUUUCUUGAUGUUUUUCCUGCAUCUGAUAGAGACCAAAGGUUGGGCUUUUCUCGUGCACGACAAGGAGCUGGGAGGGGUUCGCCUCUCUCACAAUCGCCGCUUCCUUCGCCGCCAUUUAGGAAUGCAAGGCAAUCUACUCCCAAUGCGGACAAGAUGCGAGCGAGUGCGUGGGGAUCACUGUCUCAACUUCUUGCGGCUCCGAAGCCAGUUGUACAACCUGCUAGUCCCACGUCCUCAGCUGCAGAACAGCCGCAACUGUCUGGUACUGGAACAGACGUUAAAGAAACCUCAAACCUAGAGAUUCCUGUGGAAGCAAAGGCGCCAAAUAUGACAGAGGGUGAUUCCCAAACGUCUCAGGAUGUAUCUGAGCUUUCCAGCAAGGCACAGUCUUCUCAAACUGCAGGCGAUAGGGUUGCUGAUCCAGUACCUCAACUGUCAGAUGCGAGCUAUGUGGCUAUGAUCAAGUACCACCAAGCAGCUGGGCGAUUUGAUGAAGUUGGACAGAUUUAUGAGGAAAUGCAGGCAGACUCCAUCCCCAUUUCUAUUCCUACAUAUAGCUUGCUUAUUCAAAUUUUUAGUCAGGCAGGGCAAUUUGACAGAAUGGACAAAGUGUACAAGCAGAUGCGUCAAGCAUUGACACAAGUUAAGGAACCAGAUGUGCAUCUCAAGGAGGAUGUGAAAAACGCUGUUGUUGACUCAACACCGGAUAAACCGGCCCCAGCUCCUGACGUGCCUGUGACGUUGGAAGAGGUAGCCGUGAUGAAGUCUUUGUCGGACCAGGGAAAUGAAGCUGCCCCUGUUACUCCCAGUGACGAAUUAUCAGCGAGACUAGGCGAAUGGGACUUACCAGCAGCAGAUAGUUCUGGUUCUGCGGUGGAAGGAGAUGUUAAAUCCACCCAAAUUCCUACUUUCAAGCUUCCAACUCCCGAAUCCCCAUCCACUUCAGAGACCGGAUCUGCGAAAGGGUUUGCCCAACAGAUUGAGGAAUCGCAACGGCUACUAUCUUUCAGGGAGCUUCUUAACAUGGCGCCUCCGGGGGGCUCUUCUGAGUCUACUCCUAGGAAGGGAGCUUUCAACCCCUUCAAUUUGCCAACAACGCCAUCUCCCAGUAUCUUUGGAGGAGCUGCAGGUCGUGGGAGAGGAAUGCCUCUUCCUCAGCACGAAGAACAAGCAGGAAGGGGGCAAGGCGCUCCAAGGUCUUCACGUGGUGCCCUGCAAUCUCAAAUUGGAGCAGACGGUGCGAAAGAAAGGGAGGUCUCUGUCCGUGUUCAACUCUCAAGGGAGCAGGCAAGGGAAAGAGCCUUAGCGCUGCUGGCGAAAGGUGAAGAUCAACGUUCACAAGCAAAAGCACCAUCUACAUCAGCUCCUGCAAGACCACAGCUGUCUAGGGAAGAUGCAGUCCAGCGGGCUGUGGCAGUCAUGAAUGAGGGCGUGGAGAGGAACCUGUCUCGAGAGGAAGAGAAGCGAAGACGAAGGGGCGCUGUCGAUAGUUUCUCAGAUGCAACAACUUUAGUUGCGGAUAGAUUCCGGAGGAGGACACCUGAAUCUGCAGCACAACAAGCUAAAUCUCCUCAGGCAGCUAAGGAUAGGCUCAGACGUCAACCUCGUUUCUUCCAACGCCGAGAGGAGGAGGAGGAGCCUCAAGUUCCAUUAACCCUACGAGAGAUGACUGAGGAGGACGAGAAGAGGCUAAGGUUGUUGGAGGAAGAAGAGCAGUUCAAGAGUUCUCUUCACUCCAAGUUUUUGCUAGACUUCGAGCCGGAGUAUGCGAUGGAGUAUUUUGGUAUCAACCCCGACAUUGAUGAGUUGCCUCAGAAGUCGUUGGAGGAAAUACUUGCGGAUGCAAAGCCUUAUUUGAUGAUAGACGGCAUGACAGAAGAGCAGUGGCAGGGAGAGGUACAGGAUGUAAUGGCGAAAGCACCGCACUUGGAGAAUCUGGUCAAUUUAUAUGCAGGACCAGACCGCCUCACAGCUAGGGAACAGAAUUCGAGACUGCAGGCAGUGGCUGAGACCAUGCCUGCACAUGUUGGUCCGGAAAUUCAAGAUUUCAUGUCGCAAGCUUUACUUACCCUUCAGAGUAAUCCAGGAAUCCGAAUGCGUGAAAAGGAGCGGUUGAUGAACAAAUUUGUAUCCGGCCUGUCUUCGUUUUAAUCGUGCAAAAUGUCAGGUAGAAUACGUGUUAAUUAAUGGGAACAAGAGGAUUCAUGCACGUCUCCCACUUGUUGGGGGUGGUGUAGACUGAUUUUGCUGCAAUGUGGCAUCAUAAUAAGUAAAACACAGUUGCACUUUCCAUAUCAAUGGUUGGUCGACGUGUGUGUGUGCGUGCUAUGUAAUCUAGCAUAGCAUGAUGACGUUAGA